AUGGUGAUUAACACAACAAUGUGGCAGUCAUAUAUUCACAAAAGCUACGACAAAGUAUCGAAUGCUUUUAUUAAGACGUCUAAAUCGCUGCUGAAGAGAACGAGCAACAUUGGCUACUUCGAGGAGGCGGAGGUGGAUGCGGAGGCGAAGGCGGCCGAGAGGGGAAGGGAAGCCCUGGGGGGGCGAACAGGUGCAAAAGGGGGUGGCAGCUACGACGGGGUUGAGGCGGGAAGCAAAGUUAAAAACGCCAGGGCAAGGCUGCUAAGAAGUCGCCUUAGUGGAGAAGCGAAUCGGGAGACGGACGAAGAUUCCUUCUUCACCAACAAUUUCGAUUUGAUAAAUAAAACGUUAAGGGAAGAUAAUAAAUGGGGGGAGGAAAAUAGAGAGCGAAUGAUGGGGAAAUGCAAAAAACUACUGGACAGUAAUGACACGGUAAAGCUAUACAACGAAAUCGAUGACCUUUACGAGGAGAGGGUUCUACUGGUCAAAUUUAUUAACUACUACAUGGAUAUAACGGAGAAGCAUAAACGUGAGCUUCAGAAGAUCCAGACGUCCUAUGAGAUUCUACUCACAGAGAAUGAGCAACUCAGUCAGAACAACAUCACGCUGAAGAGGCACAUUGAUUUGCUGCUCACCGGGGACACGCACGCGCAGGAGUGA